CAGACCUUGGGGAUGAAGGCUCUCGGCAUCCUGGCCCUACUAAGCUGUGUGGCCACAGUCAUUGAGGCCAGAGUCUAUACUCGCUGUAAACUGGCAAAAAUAUUUUCAAGGGCCGGCCUGGACAAUUAUAAAGGUUUCAGCCUUGGAGAUUGGAUCUGCCUGGCCUACUAUGAAAGUCAAUUCAACAGCACAGCACAGAAUGUUCUAAAAGAUGGAAGCGUCGACUAUGGCAUCUUUCAGAUUAACAGUUACACGUGGUGCAGGGAUGGCAAUCCAGAGGAGAAGAACCACUGCCAUGUUGCCUGCUCAGCCUUGGCCAGUAAUGACCUCACAGAUUCAAUUAUCUGUGCCAAAAAAAUUGUGGAAGAAACAGAAGGCAUGGACUAUUGGCAAGGCUGGAAGAAAAACUGUGAGGGCCGAAGCUUGAAAGAGUGGAAAAAGGGAUGUGAGGUCUCACGAGAUCAGAAGUCCUGGCUCCUAUGGGCCAGCCUUGCAGACCUCAGUUUGCUGAUGGACAAGAAGAUUGUUAGUUCUUCUCCUUGUCAGGAAUACUAA